AGCGAGUUGGAGCGUCAUAGAGUGAGGAGGUCUCUACGACCGUCGCGAUCCCUAGUUUGAACUUUGUUGUUUUGUGUGCUAAAAACGGUGUUUUCGUCGAAAAUCUCUUUGUUUUUGAGUGUUUUCCACCUUGAAAAUCUCCGUACAGAUUCUACUUCGAAGAAACCUGCACAAGACAACGAGUUUUAGCUUCAUUUGUAACGGUUUGUAGUGACUUCCAAGUGUUGUAAAAGUUGUUUGAAGGGUUUAGGUUCCAAUUUAUCCAAUAAAUAUCACAAAAAGUUUGUGCGUGAAUUCUUUGGUGUGCUAAUACCGUGGACAGAAACAUAGGUCACAAUAUAACACUUGUGUCUACAGUUGUGUUCUAUUUUGAUGGUUUAAAACCAUUGUGUGGCAGAUAUUUGGGUACAACAAGGGUCUAAACCUGUGGAUGUAGACCUCUGCAUCAACCUGUAUAUUUAAUGCACAAUCUGUUAAAAGAAACAUAACUUAAGAUCCUCCUUGCAACACAAAAUUUGCACCCAGCUAGUUAUCAGAGUUUUGUUGAGGUUUACAACCUAAAACCCUUUUGCAGAAAUUUGAGGACAUUGAGGGUUGAAAUUUGUGUUAGAAGAGAACUUCUGCAGGAAUUUGUCGGUUUCAGACGGAUCUUGUUGUUGGAGACAUUACAUGUGCCCUAAGUCCCACAGUUUUUGUAAGGGGUAAAGGUUUUGCUAUUUUGGUGGUUAAAAAUCACAAUUUGUGGGGCAAACGCAUUCCCCCACUAGCCACGUUAGAAAAACUGCAGGCAUAUGUUAAUUUCAGGCACUUUUUCACAAGGACAACAUUAUCUGAUAGAUAAGUGACACAACACAUCUAAAAAAAUCCAGGCGUUUGUAGGGGUUUCACAAUUUCUGAAAAAUGCGGGAAGUUUUGGGGUUCUCGACAGCGGGUGGUGGUAAACCCCUGAAAGGGGAAACAGUGGCCUUGGAGGCUAGUGAGAAAAUGGACAUCAGUGGUUUGGGGUGUAGUAUAAAACCCUCAAGCAUCCCUGGAUAUUUGGAUUUGACACCUGAACAGGCGAGCAGACUGAUCAAGACUGAACCAUUGACGGAUUACUAUGACGUUGAGGAGGAACCAUUUGCAAG